GAAAAGAGACUGCUGAAAGAGACUGAAAAACACAGAUCGACGUCAGGACAACGAAUAGCCUACAUUCAGAAGAAGAGAUCAUCCUGGGGACGCAUAACCGAUUUAGGUUAUUCUAAAGCUUUUUGAAUCAGCAAAGGAUUUAAUCACACUGUCGGUGGCACAUUCAAAAGAGUUGUCAAGCAGAAAGAACUAGCAUGGGACUGAUGCGUGUGUGCAUGUGGUUGCUGGUCGUCGGCGCAGCAUUCGCCACUGAAGAGAAAGAUGAUGUGGGGACAGUUAUCGGAAUCGAUUUGGGGACCACCUAUUCCUGCGUUGGUGUUUACAAAAACGGUCGUGUGGAAAUCAUCGCCAAUGACCAGGGUAACAGAAUCACCCCCUCCUAUGUGGCCUUCACUGCUGAGGGGGAGCGUCUGAUCGGAGACGCCGCCAAGAACCAGCUGACGUCCAACCCCGAGAACACCGUCUUUGACGCCAAGAGGUUGAUAGGCCGCAGUUGGGAUGACUCUUCUGUGCAGAAGGAUAUCUCUUACUUUCCCUUUAAGGUGUUUGACAAGAAGAGCAAACCCCACAUUCAACUGAAUGUCAGUAGCCAGGUCAAGAGUUUCACCCCUGAAGAGAUCUCCGCAAUGGUUCUGACCAAGAUGAAGGAGACUGCUGAGGCAUACCUGGGAAAAAAGGUCACCCAUGCCGUGGUCACUGUCCCUGCUUACUUCAAUGAUGCCCAGCGCCAGGCCACCAAGGAUGCCGGAACCAUCGCCGGUCUCAAUGUCAUGAGGAUCAUCAACGAGCCAACUGCCGCUGCUCUUGCCUAUGGCUUGGACAAGAAGGGCGGUGAGAAGAACAUCCUGGUGUUCGAUCUGGGCGGUGGUACCUUCGACGUGUCCCUCCUGACCAUUGACAACGGUGUGUUUGAGGUCGUGGCCACCAACGGAGACACCCACUUGGGAGGCGAAGACUUUGACCAGCGUGUUAUGGAGCACUUCAUCAAGCUGUACAAGAAGAAGACCGGCAAAGAUGUGCGCAAGGACAACCGUGCCGUUCAGAAGCUUCGUCGUGAAGUUGAGAAGGCCAAGAGAGCCCUGUCUGCCCAGCAUCAAGCACGUAUCGAGAUCGAGUCCUUCUUCGAGGGUGAAGACUUCUCCGAGACCCUGACCCGUGCCAAGUUUGAGGAGCUCAACAUGGACCUGUUCCGUUCCACCAUGAAGCCCGUGCAGAAGGUCCUGGAAGACUCCGACAUGAAGAAGUCGGACGUCGACGAGAUCGUGCUGGUGGGCGGCUCCACUCGUAUCCCCAAGGUCCAGCAGCUGGUGAAGGAGUUCUUCAACGGCAAGGAGCCAUCCAGAGGCAUCAACCCCGACGAGGCCGUGGCCUACGGAGCUGCCGUGCAGGCCGGCGUGCUGUCCGGAGAGGAUGCAGGGGAUAUGGUUUUGCUGGACGUGUGCCCCCUGACGAUGGGUAUUGAGACCAUGGGAGGUGUCAUGACUAAGCUGAUCUCCAGAAACACUGCCAUACCCACCAAGAAGUCCCAGGUCUUCUCCACAGCCUCCGACAACCAGCCCAUUGUCACGAUCAAUGUAUUUGAAGGUGAGCGUGCUAUGGUCAAGGACAACCACCUGCUGGGUAACUUUGACCUGACCGGCAUCCCCCCCGCACCCCGCGGCGUCCCCCAGAUCGAGGUGACCUUCGAGAUCGACGUCAACGGCAUCCUGCGCGUCACCGCCGAGGACAAGGGCACCGGCAACAAGAACAAGAUCACCAUCACCAACGACCAGAACCGCCUGAGCGAAGACGACAUCAAGAGGAUGGUGCAGGAGGCCGAGGACUUUGCCGAGGAAGACGAAAAGGUGAAGGGGAAAAUCAGCAGCCGCAACGAGCUGGAGAGCUACGCCUACUCCCUGAAGAACCAGAUUGGCGACAAGGAGAAGCUGGGCGGCAAGCUGUCCGACGAGGACAAGGAGACCAUCGAGAAGGCCGUGGAGGAGAAGAUCGAGUGGAUGGAGUCCAACCAGGAGGCCGACACGGAAGACUUCAAGGCCAAGAAGAAGGAGCUGGAGGAGGUGGUCCAGCCAAUCAUCGGCAAGCUCUACGGCAGCUCAGGCGGUCCUUCUCCCGGGGAGGGGGGCGAAGAGCAACAGGAAGAGCAGGACAGCAGUAGUCAUAGUGAGCUAUAAUGCCCAUUGCAAAGGACUCAUGGACUAUUCUCUAAUGCACUCGCCUCUCAGGACAAGCACUGGAUUGAUUUCCUCAUGAAGUAUGACGAGUUGGACAGACACUGCUGAAUGCACACAGCACUUUUUGUUUUUGUUGUCGUUGUAGACAGAGACUUGUGCGUGUUUGUGUGUGUUUGUGUGUGUGUGUGUGUGUGUGUGGGUGUGUGUGGGUGUGGGUGUGUUUUCAUUCAGUGACCUAAAAUGGUGAUGUCAAAUAUGUUUGUGAAAAUACUUUGAUGUAAAUAACAAGACGGAUGACAGAAAUGUAUGCAGACAUUUUUUUAGUGGAUUGUUCACACAACUUCUCUAAUUUCAUUGACACAUAAGAUGUGGUAAUGGUCAACACCACUGGCUUCUUUGUGUUUUUAAUAAUAAUAUUUAUUUGGGUCAGAUGUGGGGGUAAUGGGAAUACAGUCAUAAAUAUAAACACUAUAUGCACUGGUAUUUAUUACUACAUUGUAUGACCUUGAAAAUAAAACAACUUUUUUAUUUGA